AUGACGCUAACCGGACCAACCGCGCCCCUUCUCACCGCCCCCUCCGGCGUGCUGCGGUCCCGGGCCCUGAGGCUCCGGGCCGAUCGGCCCCGCCUCUCCCCGCCCGACGCGGUGCGGCCCCGCCUCUCCACCCUCCGCCGGCGGCAGCGCGCAGCCAUGGAGGCACCGCACGGCGCGGGGCCGCUGCCCUCCGCCCGCCUCCGCGCUGCCGUGCAGCCGCACUGCCGGCUGCCUGCUGCCCGAGCCCAGCGGGGGCCGCCGUACAGCGCGCAGGGGGAGCUGGGUGCAGAGCCGGGCCCUGGCAGAGAGCAGCCCCUCGCCCCAGGCUGUGACACGCAGACAGGCUGCUCCAAGCUGGGCACCUCAAACCAGGAGUAUUACCUGAAGCUGGAAGAGCUGAAGAAUGCCCACUUGGAGACAAUGGCAAAAUUAGAAAGCAUGUAUCGGAACAAGCUGUAUUUACAAGGAGUACAGCCCUUGGAGAGGAGCAAUGCUAACAGUGCUACUUCCAAGGUCUGCUGUAGGCCAACCUGGGAGAAGAGUGCAUAUCAGCCUCUAAAUUUGCCCAGAUCCUUCUCUGACUCCAGCAUAAGCAAUCCCUUAGGCUCAGGUGCAUCCGGUGGGUCCGACAAAGAACUAGCAUCUGAGGACAGCUGUAGUGAAACUGGAUCAUUAUUAUUUGCUAAGGAACGGAUUGCAAGGAUGUGGGAUGGCUUCUCAGUGGAUGACUACAUCCCCCCCAGGAAGCACAGCCUGCCCAGCGCAGCGGCUGCCAGGACAACAUGGAAGCAGAAGGCAUGGUCACCAAAAAUCACCGUGCCCAAGCCCUUCCAGAUGACAAUUAGAGAAGCCAGAAAAAAAGAACAGAAUGUCAAAUCCAAGUCACAGAUCGAAAUGGAAAAUAACCUACUGAAGAAGCAGCUGGAGGAAGAGGCAGAGUGUCAGAAAAAGUUCCGAGCCACUCCAGUGCCUGCUGCCGUCUUCCUGCCGCUCUACCAUGAAAUUGUGCAAAGGAAUGAGGAGCGCAGGAAGUCUGUGAAGGAGAGGAGCAAACUCAGGCUCUUGGCUUCUCAGAAACCAUUUAAGUUCAUUGAAAGAGAGAAGCAAAGGGAUGAAAUUAGAAAAAUGCAAUUAAGAGACCUUUCCACACCUGCAAAGAAAACAAAACCAUUCAAAGCAAAACCAGUUCCCAGAUACAUUUAUAGCCCGUCUGUCAGAGACAGGCUACAGGAGGAAGAGCUCUACAGAGAGAUCCGGAUUAGAAUGAGAGCUGAGGAGCUGCUGCGAAAUGCAUCUCUGCCCACCAGCAGGCUGGCUCCCAAGGAUGUCAACAAGAAGAAGAAACACAAGUGUGCUGAACCAAAGGAAAUGGAGCACAAACCCAAGAUCCAACCCAGAGUUCCAGAUUUUGACCGACUACACCAGAAGUUUCAGAAACGGCUCCGGCAGAAGCAGCAGGUGAAACACCUCACGGUCUGUGAGCCGUUCCAUCUCCGUACUCCAUACAUUCCUUCAAACAAGGGGAAGGUUUUGAGAGACAUUCAGGAGGAUGAAGAAAGGCUAAAAGAAACACGCUGGCCAUACGCCUCUCCGAGACGCAAACCCCAAACCAGACAGUCAAGUGCAAAUUCACCUCUCUCAGGGUCUGGAGAAUCCAAGUCGCCAAAAGUCACACAGUCCUCACAACGAAGGCUGCAGGCCCUAAGGAAUUCACAUGAGGAAAAGAGAAGGCUGGAAGAACAACAGAAAAGAAAUAGAACAAAGCAGAAACAAAGAACAAAAAAACUGCAGAAAAUUGUAACGACUCGGGCUGAGGCCAAUGACCCCCAUCAGAGCCUUGCUCAGGUCUCUGAAUCCAAACUAAAGGCAUUCAGGAACUCCUCAAAGCAGAGAAUGCAGGAGUAUUUGCAAGAAUUACAAGAAAUGGAAGAAAGAGUAAACCAAAGGCCAUUGCUCUUGGAAAGAGUAACUCAGAAUAAUGCCAGAAUAGCUGCAGAAAAAUAUUAUUCUAACAGACUGAGAGCUCUGGGGGUAUGCCCAGACUUUGUUUCAAAGAAAGGACAAACAUCUAAAUUGCUAGAGUGCUACAGUGCUGAAGAUUUUGAUGCCAAAGAAAGAGUCAAGUAUAAAGUGAAAGAAAGGGAAUUCUUUGAGGAAGCAGACAGCAUCAGUCCUCAAUCUGAGCAAUCCUUUGAGGAAGAGAAGAGAAUAGGCAUCAGAACCUCCAUCUCAGAUGGUGAAUCCACUGAGAGGAAGGAAGAGACACAAGCCAGCCCUCAAGUUCAGCAGCAUCACUGUGCAGGGGAGGCCAGGUCCAACCCCACCUCCAACCAGCACUGUGAAGAAGAGGAGCAGAAAGAGGAAAAGGAGGAGGAGGAAGCAAAGGCAGGCCUUCUGCCCAGACAUUCCCUAGAGGAAGAGAAUGAAGAAGAAGAGGAUGGGUCAAGACCCAGCUCUCAGUCUGAUCGAUCCCAUGAGCAGCAAGAGGAGAGUCAGUCAGACCCUGAAGCUGAGGGUGCUUUCCAAUAUGAGGACGAGGAAUAUGAAAGCGAUGAUUCUGAAGAGAAGCCCAAUGACGAUGAGGCUGACUGAAGGGAAGGCAGAUAGAUUCCACAGCACCAGGCUGCCCUAUUUCAUUGCUGGCAUUGAAAUAGACACCAAAACCAUGGUUUUUUGCUACUAACAUUAAAAACUGUGAAUUUAAAACUUAGCUUAACUGUCUUUCCAGCACAGAAGCUAUGUUGAUUUUCCAAUAUGAAAUUAAGUUAUUCAUUGCUACCAAGAAAAAAAAAAAAAUCAGUUGUUUUACAUUCCUCUUCUUUAUUCUGGACUUCAGUGACACUCAUGCACUUCUGUUCCUAAAAUGAACAGCAACCAGUGUUUAAAAAUGUCUUGUGUACUGUGUUGUUAAGUACUGAGGUCUUAGUACAUCCAGCAGUAACUUGCUCUUGCCUCCCAGUUUCAAACACCAGGGCCCUUUCAGGCUCUGUUCCUAUGGUAUCAUCAAGGAUGGCAAUGAAGGAACAAGGGUUUGUUGUGCAAGACCUCAGGUUGUGUUUAGUACAGCAGCUACAAUAAAGACAACCACAGUCAGACAAAAUAGCCAAGUUCAUCUGCUUGGCUCCUCCCUCCUGUUCACUCCCACCAACAAGCUGGAUUGGCUCAGCAAUGGUCCAGGAGAGCACCAGGGUCAGAAAAGUAGGUGGUGACUACUUUUGGAAGAAACAAGCUGUUAGAUGGGUCAACGUGAAUGUUUUGUGCAGCUAAUAUAGGAAUAGUAUUACUGUUACUGAAGGCUUGGCACAUAGAGGAGAAAAAAAUGCACUAGAAUAUAUUGAGAACCAUCAUUUUUAGUUUCCACUGAGCUCUAGCAAUGACAGACAAGUGAGGCAGAAGAAUAAAGUCAGUAGAAUAGCUCAAGGGAAAAAAAAAGCAUCAUUCUGCAGAUUACUACCCAACUGAAAUAGGAAGUUGUGCUCUUUCACCUGUUUUGUUCAGAAGAGCUCUUUUGCGAUCACAUAAAACUACCAUUAACAUAAUAAGUGCUGACAUUAACCUUCACACCUCCUUAUAGAGACAGUCAAGGGAUACCGUGAAAAGAGAACUUUAUAACUUCAGGUAAACACGCACCCCUACUCAGGGCUUCAGCUACUACUCAACAAAGAACACAAACACAUUAGGAGAGAAAACAAAACUUCCAUAACAAACAGUAGAGAGCAGAGCAUAACUGGCAUCACACAGGCUCUAAAAACACAUUCAUUACGUAGAAAAUGCAAUAUUUGUUGAAGUGACCACACCUGCACAAGCAGCUACAACGACUAAGGAUACACAUUUGGUGUUUCUGUGUUUGCUCUACUCAGGUUUCCUUCCACACUAUACCUGUUAUUAUUUAUUCCUCCUGACUUUGAAAAUCUGUGUCUCAUUGUUUAGAUUUUCUUUUUAAUUUAUUUUUCAUGUGUGGCAUAACUAAUACAAAUUUGAAUUUUUUUUUUUUAACUCAAAAUCUCCAUUCCACAUCUGUCUUAUUAAAAUAAGAAUCACUGCCUCAAAAUGAAAAUCAUAGUUGACAAUCUUGCCAUACUUGACAGCCCCACAACAUAACUCGAGGUUUGUUUGCUUGUGGAAGUUUAGUCUUUAGUUCUGAAAAGUUGUACAAUAAACUACUGAGUCAGGUAUUACUGACACACAAUCACACAAUACUGCUGCAGUCUCUUUAUUGAACCAGUUUUUGAGUUGUUUUGAAAGAAGGCAGAAAAGCUUUAGAUUGUGUUUUCUCAUACAGAGACUAUUUCAAAUCCAAGACAUUCAAAUCAGUUUUUAAAACCUGAUAGCACAUAAAUUUUGAGUUUUCUAAAGAGUAUAACUAUAUAAUCAAGCCAUUAGGAUAGAGUAUAAGAAACACUACCAAAAGCCUUCCUUGAACUAGGAGGUAGAAAGAACAACUUUAAGAUGAGUAGAUUUGAAGAAUACACAGAUAAAUGGGAUUACAAGAAAGAGUCAGCACAGUUUUGAAGGUUACACCUCAGUUUUCCUAGCAUUACUAAAGCAGCCAAGCAGAACUAUGUAAUCAAACGUGAUCCAGCUGAAGAUGCUUUACCCUAAGUUUUCAAGGUGUAUUGAACAAUCUGCUAUCAAUAGAUCUUAAUUAAAAUAAAUACCACUGUAAAAGAAAAACAGUACUCAUGAAUUAGCAGUUACUCAAGCCGUAGGAAAAGACAAGAUCAAUUUUACUGCCUGUCAUCAGGGUCUGGGGAUCAGAGAGGAGGCAAAGAGGCAUGGAGAGCUUAGGUGUCCCUUCCCAGGGGCACACUGACCAGAGCCAAGGAAGCAGCAGACACCUGGCGCCUACUGCAGGCCUACUCCAGGAGACACAGCUGGAGAAGUGUCAGGGGAUGCAGAGCCAGAGCACCACAAAUGAAAACUAUAUGCUUGUAAAGGAGAAGCAGGAAUAAAUCUACCGAUCUAAUACAGCAAUUUAACAAAGACUUAAUGAGAUCUGAAAUGGCAAAGCGCAUUUGAUUAUUUACUGCACAGAAAGUAGCAUUAAGGACUUAUCCAGGAAGCUUUCAUGUUGAAUCAUAAGGUUCAGAGUUGAUCUUCUUGCUUCCUGCACACUUUCUCAAACAAGCAAUAUACUGUGUCUAUUUGGUAUUGAAAUUGAACAUUUGCAAAAUGCCUUCUGAAAUAGGAUAUUAUCAUAGUAAUUCUCCUCUCUGGUUACAGCAGUAUUACACUUGGUGUUACAGCUGGAAAGGUUAUCAUGGUGAAAAUAGGAAAAGAAACAAACAAGGAAGGAAUGCUCACCUGUACCUGAAGAUCUAGGUUCACAGGAAGGACUCCACAGAGGCAGGAUUUCUAGCAAGAGAACCUUCCCCGGGUAGCAGUCAGCCCUUAAAUGGGAUCUAAGAGAGGUGCAGCCAGGCUCCACCCCUUCUGCUCACACAGCUGAAUUGCCUUCACCUGUGCUGCCAGGUCCUUUCUCCAGGUGCUCAAUCAGUGGCUCAGGCUGUGACACAGCAGUUCCACACAAGCAGACAAUAAAAAUUAGCAGUACAUUUUCAAAGGACUCACAGCAUAAAUUCCAGUUAUCACUGGGGGUUUUCUAUUGAGAAUAUGCUCUCAAAAGGAAAACAAGACCAAUAGCAUACAGAGUAACUACUUUGAUUUCAACAGAGAAUGAUCUGCAGGCAUUCCCUGUUAGCUAGUUCUUUAAAACAGAAGUUACAGAGAAUAUUUGUAUCCAGAUUUAUAUUCUCUCCCAGGUACCUGCUGGGAAAUUCAAAUUUUCAAUUUCAAAUUAAAAAAACAAUGCAAUAUUCUUGCAGACCUCUCUCGCAUAGAAACACUACCAGGUGUUUGCAGAAAUCAUACCAAGGAUAUUUCAUGUACUUUCACACGUGUAUUUGUUGUGAAGGCAAAAUUGCUUACUAAAGUAUGACCAGCUCGUAUGUGUAUAGGAGCUGUAAAAAACACAUCAAACUGUAAAUAACUAAAGCCACACUAGAAUGAGGUGGAUCCUGUGUGUGAAGUCUGUAAUACUGACUGACCCUUGUUUGGCAUCUUCAUAAUUUUCACAGCACUCUGAGGUUCCACACUGAUGAUUAUGUUUUUCACCUGACCUCACAUCACAAUACAGUGCAAGGCAAAGAAAGCAGCACCAGCACAGGUGAAAGCAGAAAAGAAUCUGUAAGACUCCAUCAACACCUGUGAAGUAUUAUCACCAGAACAAAUAGCUGUAGACCACUUGAUUACGGGGUUCUCCCCAAAAUAUCCAGGCUCUCCCUGCAGGACUUUGGCCAGAGGGCAGCCAGCAUACAGCUGGAGAUCAGACAUUGCAGGGUCCCUGGAAGAAGAGCUGCUUUAUUAUAAUUAGCAAAAACUGUCUACAGACCUCUUUGAUGAUCAUCUUCUGACUUUAGCCCGUAAAUCACAUGAAAGCAAACAUCGGCAAAACUCCCUGCUUUGUGAAUCGGAACAGGAAAAUGAAGACCAUAAGUCUAAAUCUGUAGAAAAGGGAACAAGCAGAAACUUAUCGUUCAUGACUUUGUCCCUUAACAUUUAUAUGAAAUAAACAUGCCUUUUUGUUAAUCAGGUCAUUUUCAGCAUUUUGGGGGGGGGGGGGCAGAGGGGGAGGAACAAAAAAUAUUCCUUCCAACUAAGAUCUUAAUCUAUUUCACAAACAGCCAACAAAAGCUCACUAUGGCACUAGAAACCAACCAAGCCCCCAGACCACAGGAAUGUCUGUUUUUUGCUUGAAGCUUACUAUAUGCAAGAAAAAAAAAUGGAACAUAGUGAGUUUCUAAGCCACAUAAUAUAGCAUCACAAAUACUUCUCAAGGGAGGCAAGCUCCAGCUUUGUUAAAGCAGAGAGAAGGUGAUGGCUGUUAGCCAAAGAUGUGAGGACCUGCUGCUUGGCUCCCUGCUCAAACACACAUUCUCUGAAUGAAGAGACUACGUGGUCUCCUUGCGCUUCUCCAAUCAGCUAUUAUCAGUGUGCUGACCUCAAAAUCUUGUAAAGAGCUGUACAGUAAGCAUCCUGCUCACAGCAGGUGGCUUGGGAAGAUAAUAGGACUAAGACAGCCCUAGAGAAUGCACUUUAUAAAAGGUACUACAACCUCUGAAAGACGACAAAGAUAUUCCUCUUCACAGACUUUUGUAUUCUCUGCCUCAGUUUGGUAACUCCCUUGACUUUUAAUACCUGAAGGAGAGUAACUUCACAGCCUACUGCAUCCUGACUCAUUUGCUGACAGCUUCCAAAAGCUGUUCUGCCCCUGAUUAACUUGACAUAAAUGUGAACAAUUGCACAGUGCAGCAUACGGAGCAGCCUGCUGACAGAUUUUCAUGAUCACCAUGAAGGAUCUAAAGGACUUACUGUGUUGUAAAGAGCAAACAUUUUAGGGCAGCAACCUGACUUCCAAGCUUCCAAAU